GACACCCCCAUGACUAGCACAGUUUCACAUGUGACUGGAAUAUAAUGCAAAUGACCAAGAUUAAAGUUGGUAAAGAUUACGAGCAGUCUGGAGUAUGAAAAAUGGUUGUGGACGUCUGCAGCCCAGCAGGAAGGGAAGGCCACGGGCUCACAGAGGGCAGGACGGGUGCUGCUUGCGGGGGACUGCCCCCGUGGCCCUGAAGGUCCCGCGCGCGCUUCCUAACUGGCAUUUGUCCACCUGCUCCUUGCUGACGUGCCCUGGUUCUUUUCAGCUGCCAUGCGAAGACCAGAUAAUCCUCCUCAAAGGCUGCUGCAUGGAGAUCAUGUCCCUUCGCGCUGCUGUGCGCUACGAUCCAGAAAGUGAGACUUUAACCUUGAACGGGGAGAUGGCGGUGACUCGGGGCCAGCUGAAAAACGGGGGUCUCGGGGUGGUGUCAGACGCCAUCUUCGACCUGGGCAUGUCGCUGUCUUCUUUCAACCUGGAUGACACUGAAGUCGCUCUCCUUCAGGCCGUCCUGCUGAUGUCUUCAGACCGCCCAGGGCUUGCCUGUGUUGAGAGAAUAGAAAAAUACCAAGAUAGUUUCCUGCUGGCCUUUGAACACUAUAUCAAUUACCGAAAACACCACGUGACUCAUUUUUGGCCAAAACUCCUGAUGAAGGUGACAGAUCUGCGGAUGAUUGGAGCCUGCCAUGCCAGCCGCUUCCUGCACAUGAAGGUGGAAUGCCCCACGGAACUCUUUCCCCCAUUGUUCUUGGAAGUGUUUGAGGAUUAGACUGACUCAUUCUCAUAAUUCCAACAGCACUGCUGGGUGUCAUUUCAUUCCAUUGCCUAGCUCUUUUUUGUUUGUUCCUUUAUUUCUUUGUGUUGGGAGGGAUUGUUUGGGGGAAAGGGGAGGUAGUCCUUGGCCUAGACAUGGAUGAAAUUGCCCCUUGAAUGCGGGUACUUGUAACUACUGCAUUUUGUUCUCCAGUCCUUUGAUGUGAAUGCUUUGGAGGUUUUACAGUUGUGGAGGUGGCAGGGGACAAUCAUUAAUUCACCAGCACCAAGCCAUCACCAGCUCCCAUCUGUCCCAGUCAGAGACUGGAGCAAGCAGAAUGGUGCGGCAGAAGACUAAAGAAGACUUAAAACCAAGACAAUAUCGUCAUCUUGAACCGAUCCUGAUUUUUGCAGCACUCAGAUUAGCACAUUGCAGACCACCUUUGGUUAGAUGUGGCUUUCAGCUUCCUAGGGAAAGGUCUGCACAAAUUUUUAUCUAUUCAAGAGCAUGCUGUUUUCAGCACUCUUUAUUCUCUCUUAGCAGCCUAACCUGGAAUGUAUAGGAAUAUUUGUUUCCCAACAAUUAGCUGUCCUUUCACUAUAAUUAUUACAAUCCUAUGAUUUAAUUCGAGUUAUACAAGGGCAUGACUCAAAGGUGUGCAGGUGUUUGACUGAUUGAGGCCAACUAGGAAAAUAAUUUCCUUCAGUAAGCCCAAAGAAAUUCAAAGUCUUCACGAAUGUCAGUGACUCAACAGUUUCCAAAAAUUCACCUAGUGUUACCUCAUAGUAAGAAGGCUUCUUACAGUUUAGGCUCAGAGAAAAUUCCCACAAAAAUCAAACCUAUUUUACAGUGUUGUCGCUGUUCGGUGACAUCUGACCCCUCACCUCCCAAACUCCUGAAGUUAUUCAGCCUGAUUGCAUCUCUGCUGAGCCGACAACUCAUCUCCCUAUGGAUCAACCCUUCUAACCAAGGAGCGAUAACAAGCUGAAAUCUAAGUCUUGUUCUGGAGGGAUGCCGGGGAGAGAUUAGUGCGGUUAUGUUCUAAGUUGAAGGAAAUGCAGAGCUCUUAGAGCCUCCUCUCAUCCCGAUGCUCUGAGGUUGCUUCCUUCUGGUCUUAGAUCCUCAAGCUCUUUGCUUUACUCACAAGUGUGUCCUAGGCCCCUUUUCCCUCCGACUCUGAGGCUUGGCUCUCACCAAACAAAGCCUGGUGCGGCCACUGACCCUCUCUGUCCCUCUGAUAGCCUUGCCCUGAAAGACACUCAGAAGAAAACACCUGUAGACCAUGCACACGAACCCUCACUCACCACCCCCCCCUGCCCAACCAGCCUCCCCAGGGACAAACACUGGAGUAGGGUGUGCCCAGACAGCAAAUGGUGCCCCUGGUCGCUUCAACGUCAGAAGAUGGGCAAAGGAUAUACCCAUGCAAUCGAAUGUAUCUCAUUCUUCACUGGCAUGGUAGACAUAAACUAUUCCUCUGCCUGCCUUGUACUGCCUUAUCCUGGAAGUAUUUGGGAAAAUAAGCCAUAUCAGUGAAACUUGCCUAAAAACUAUGUGGAUUAAUUCUUUUUUAACUGGCCCAGAAGUCAGGGUGCCUGAGUUCUAGUGUGUGCUGUCACGUGGUAGAUUUGUGACCUUGAGUCUUGGUUUUCUCACCUGAUGAAUAGGUCAUGAACUCUAAAAUCCUUCCCAUCCUUAAUACUGUACUAGUUUGGGGGACGGGAGAAGGGGGGAUCAGGUUCUUUUGAUGGUUUCUUUCACAUUCAAAUUUCUAACUUUAUUAGACAGAAAUUGUGGCCCUCUUAACAGUUAAGGAAAGUAUAUUUGGUGUUGAUUCAAAAUAGGAAUUUGACAUACUUCUCAUCAGUUAUUUAGAGAAAGGCAUGAUGGCUUUGGGAAAGGAAGAAGAACAGCAUUAAAAAUCCCAAGUGUGACCAGAAAUAAUCUGGGAGGAAAAUGAUUUGUUUAACGUGCUAAAGCAAUUAUACUGGCUUCUGGGGAGGAAAGAAAACAAGAACAGCACUAUGGAACUUGCUAACCAGAGAAGGGAAAUAGGCGGAGAGGUUGAAAUUAUGAACAUGAAGUUCACGGGCAGAUUGCUGGCUUUGACUUAUCUACAGUGUUUUGGUUCUGUUUUCUUAGGCAGCCUCUAGCCAGUCUCCUCAAGCCCUCAUGUUAACAUCUCAGCUCCCUCCGUUGACUCUCCUUGGAGAACUACUCUUUGAAACAAACAUAAGCGCUUCAUCACCUUCUCUGCUCGGGGGCAACUCUGAGAAGCCUUUCAGGGUGGGGCAAGUUUUCCCUCCGAACGAAGGAGAGAAAAGCAAACGGGGAUCCUGGAGGUUCUCCUCGGUCAGCAAAGCUCCCCAGGAAAGUCCCCUCAGUUUGUUUGACAGAGAUUCCCCAGUGCAUCAGACACCCCCCAGAUUCAGUGUAGCUACAGAGCCUGAUCUAAAGCUGCACUGGAAUACUUUAGGGAUUAACAUGAUUGGCCACUGGCCCAGCAGUUUGGUAGAUCUACAGCGACCCAACCAGCCCCAAGUAAGUAUGUUUGACCCUUGGCUCCCUACAUGAUUGCCUUAAACAGGCAAACUCCUGAUCUAAAAAUCUUGUCGAAGGCUGACUACUUUAUGCUGAGUAGGACAAGCCUUCAGGUACUUCAGGUUGAAAGGAAAGGCCAUAAGGACUGAAAGCACAACCCCAGUGGUCAAGGUGACUCAUUCCUUCUGUAACUGGUUGAGGUACUUAGUGCACCUCAAGACUCCAUCCUAUAAAACUCGAUUAGGAGGGAUCUGCUCUGGAUUCUUUUAAACAUUUUUUUCUUAUGUUGUCCAGACUUUCAAAUCAAAUGUGGACUGACUGAAACUCUUCCCAGUGGGGAGACAUCCCAGUAGAGGAGAACACACCGUACAACUGGGAUUCCUAUUUAUAAAUCACUUAAAUUUGGGGUGUCCGGUAUGUGUGUGUGUGUGUGUGUGUGUGUGUGUGUGUGUGUGUGUGUGUGUGUGUGUGUAACCCUCAAGUGUACUUUGCUCUUCAAUUAGACGUGAAGCGUUUCUAGAAAUAGUGACAAAAGUUAAGAUCUUUUCUUCUUUACGAUUCUGCUCAAAACACCACGUGCCGCCUCCGAGCUUCUUCUAGUCAUAUGAGCCUCGGUCCUCAAUGGCACACUUGCCGUGUUGCUGCCUCGGCCCUGUGAUGCCUCUCACCUGUGCCCCGAGAGACGCCUCUUCCACCUGCAGCGCGGUCAUCGGACCGCCCAGCCCGGCUCCACCCCCGCGUCGCCUCUGAGUGAACAGGGGUGCAGGCUUGGUUCCUCCUCAGCCCUAACCCCCCUCAGACCCAGCCUCCACGAACUGCGGAUGCCCUCAGAGCAUGUCACUGUCCAUGAUACAUUUUUAUUCUAUGGACCUCUAACCCAUUCGUGUCAUGUUGACCUUUUGCUGCAUGAGUCAUAAAAUAUGAAACUGGUCUUAUGGUUUUUGAAACGUAGCCAGCAUUUGUAAGGCUAAACCUUUUUCGUAAACUGAAUUGAAGUGAAUAACCAGGCCACAGUUCCUCUUCAAAAGGAGAACGCUUACAGACAUUUGAAUCUCGUUGUCCUUUCCAAUGGCUACGGCAUCAAGGUUCUAAAAUAAGCUCGUAAUUUUUCCUGUUAUUUUAAUAAUAUGGAAAUAUUAGCAUAGUGUUUCUUUUGAUAGGGACAGACUAUAAUCCAUAUUUAAAUUUUAUAGAGAAGAAAUUUUAUUGUACUGUGAUGUAGAUAUUUAUUAUCCAGGUAAGGAUUUGCCCGGUGUGUAUUUUUUACAAUUGAAACAUUUUACUUUAAUCUUUAAAAGAAAAAUAAAAACUUUAAACACGCACACACACACACACACACACACAAACAGACUAAGGGAAAAAAAGGUUUGGCCUUAUCACAGAAGUUUUACUGUGCUGUACAAAUGUUUGCAAAUGCAAAAAGUGUGCAUUUCUAGUGUGUUUCUACAUUCAUUAAUGCCGCCUUCAAGAGCAAUAUCGUGCAGAUAAAAUGCUGUUUGUGGCUUUCUGUUGCACAGUUAAAGCUGACCCACCUUAUGCACAAGACAAUCAGAUUUAACUCUGUCCUCCUCAGGAUGCAGAUAAUACCCAUGUACGUUACAGAGCACAAUGCAAGACAAAGGAAGACACUUUGAUUACAUGUGUAUUGCUGACAUAGAAGAUAUCAGGGCAUGCAUGAGUUGACAUUAUGCCACUCUUUUCUUUUGGUUCUUCCUAAUUGGCAUUUUUCAUUUGAUAAUAGAGCCAAAUUAGUUAUGAAGCCUUUCUUCCGAGAAAACACCUUUUUCCCCCAUCAUGUUUUCAUGUCCUGAGAAUCAGAAAAAUUCAACAGAAUAGGAAAAGAUUUACAGUCAUCGGAUGAUUUGUUUUGCAAACGGUGUUAAGUGAUAUUGCUAGAUCGGUAAUAUUUUUUUCAGCCUAAAACUCUAUUGAAAUCUGUGAUCAAAACGUUUUAAACUAUCCAAAACGAAAAUUUGUAUAUUUGGGAAAAAUGGAUUUUUACAUAGCUUUUGUAUGCAGAUAUUAAAUUGUAAUUAUGACUAUAGCGGGCGUAGAUAAACUCAUAAGCUACAAUUCUAAAAAAGAAAAAAAAGAAAAAGCUUAUAACGGAUAUAAUUUCCUGUCUCUUUCUUUAAAUAUUAUUAUUUUCUACAUAAGCACGGGGUUGCCUACUCUUAUCUCGCUGCUUCCAAAGGAAGGAAAACAGGGAUGUGAGGGCAUUUGUUUCAUAAACAUCCACUAGAAUUAGCAAAUUUUCUUGGGAGGAGGGCAUGGGGGGAUGGAGGGAAGUAAAAGGCUAAUGGGAGAUAUCCUCUUUGGAAGGGGCCACAGAAAUGGGGUGAGGAGGGAAGAGUGAAGUUUUUGCAGCUGAAGGACUACAUUCAUCUUUUUAUCUCAAAAUGUUCUAGAAUAUUAUCAAUGGAAUUAUACUACCAUCAGCUAUCAGUAUAUGUCUCAAUCCCCAGUUCUCUGAACACAUAUGAGUUAGGACUCUUGCUGUGAUUGAGUGGCAAAAAAAAAAGCACCUAAUGGG